AUGACCGCUCAAAAUCCCGAUCCCGGGCAUCAAACCGCCGAAAAGCCGGCGGACAACAACAAGAUGAUGCUCGCUUUAAUUCCCAAAAUUCCCCUAAUGAUGAGGGUAGCCCUCCUUCAUAUCCUAUCCCUCUCGAAGCAAUCGCAAUACCUCGACCUGCGAACCGAGAUCACCAUCGCCGUGCUGCGGUCCUUCACCAACCCCUCUGUGCCUCGGAGCAUCUCGGCCACCCAGAAGUUGGCUGCUCAGGCUCCGAAGCUGAAGGGCAAGAUCUGGGUGAGCAAUUACACGUGCCCUCCCCCUCCGUUCGAGGAGAGAGGUCUGCAAGAUGCCAUCGCCAAGGCAAUCGACGAGCUGCGGAAUCCCAAGGUUCCACAGCCCUCCUACCAAAUGCCAGACCCGGCGCCGGUCGAGGCCGAGUGGACGGGGUACCGCGCCAACGCAACGUCCGACUCCCGGUUACCGGAUGUCUCGGAAAGGGAACUCUACGCCGAGAUGAUGAAGGAGGUCAAGAGCCCCGUAACGGUGCUCUACUUUCACGGCGGAGCGUACUACUUGCUGGACCCGGCAACCCACCGCCCAACCACCAAGAACUUGGCGAAGCUGACCGGCGGGAGGGUGUAUUCUGUCCGGUACCGUCUCGCACCCCAGCACCCGUUCCCAGCAGCAUUGAUGGAUGCUCUAAUGUCAUAUCUCGCACUCCUCUACCCCCCAGAAGGCGCUUUCCAUGAGCCCGUCAAACCAGAACACAUCGUCUUCGCCGGCGACAGCGCCGGCGGCAACCUCUCCCUAGCCCUGCUCCAACUCCUCCUCCACCUCAACCGCACCACCCACCCCAUCCCGUGGCACGGCCACACCCCCACCCAACCCAUCCCCCUCCCCGCGGGCGUAGCCGUAAACUCCCCCUGGCUCGACGUCACCCACUCCUCCCCGUCCUGCACCACCAACGCCCCCUUCGACUACCUGCCCACCCUCGCCCAGCAACUCGCCGCCGAAUCCAAGCGCCCCCACUGCGCCGCCUGGCCGGCCUCCCCGCCGCGCCGCCACCUGUACGCGCCCGACGCCCUGCUCGCCCACCCGCUGGUCAGCCCCGUGCUGGCGGCGUCCUGGGCCGGUGCGCCCCCCGUGUAUAUGUGCACGGGCUGGGAGCUGCUG